AUGUCAGGUAAAAACCUCCAGGGACUGAAAGAACAGGCUGAAGGUGCAGGAAAAGAUGCUGCAAACACGUUGGGACAGGCUACCCAGGAUGCAGUCAACCAGAUUACAGAUGCAAGCCAGAAAGCUAUUGACAAGGCUUCCAAGACAGCACAAGAUGGGGUAGAAAAAGUAACAGGACAAGCUGCAGAAGCAAUGGCUGGUUUUGGAAAAAAAUGUGGAUUUAAGAAGUGA